AUGGGUGGUGAAAGCAUAGAUAUAGAUAUUCCAAGCUGUUGCGAACCGCAGGAUCUUUAUUACGGACAGGCGACAAUGCCACCUGGAAUAAAUCAAACGAUGGAAUGUAACAAUACGAUAAAACAACAUUAUUAUCCCGAAGGAGGUUGGGGAUGGAUAAUUAUUAUAUGUGGGAUUUUAAUACAGAUUUUAACACACGGACUUCAUUUAUCAUGGGGAAUAAUACAAAUAGAAAUACGAAAAAAAUUCCCCGCGCUCGAUAUCGUCGACGUAGGAUGGCUGGGUGCUUUAUCGACAGCAGUUGCACUUUUUUUAUCACCCAUAACGAUUGCUUUCUGCAGAAGAAAAUCAACUCGUGUGACGGCUGUCGUUGGUGGAUUAAUAACUUCCUUGGGGUGCCUUUUCACUUCAUUUGCUUCCCAAUUUCAUCAACUUUUUUUUAGCUACGGCACUGUUAUAGGUGUGGGAGUGAGUUUGACAAGAGACUGUUCGACACUUAUGGUCGCACAAUAUUUUAAAAGAAGACGAGAAUUAGUUGAAAUAUUUAUUGUAUCCGGAAGUGGCCUUGGAAUAUCCAUCAUGUCAACAUGCAUUCAAGGUGCCAUAAAAGAAAUUUCUGCAGAGAAAAUUUCAUAUGAAAUCGAAACAAUGCAGGGAAAAAUGUCAUUUGAUAGGGAAAUUUCUGCAGGGAAAAUGUCAUUUGAAAGGGAAAUCAGGGAAAAUUUCAUUUGUAAGGGAAAUUUCUGCAGGGAAACACGUAGUUUAAAGAAUUAUGUGACAGUAAGAUUUUGGUUUUUCCAGAUAACGUUAGAAUUAAAACAUUUUUUGCGACAAGUAACUGUUAUUAAGUUGCUUAAUGAGAUUUUAACGUUUUUUUUUUUUUUUUUUUUUCAGGCUCGUCAAGCCGAAUUGGAAGGUUUAGGUGAAAGAGCCGUUCUUUUACAAGCAUAUUUAGGUUUGGCAUGGGCUUUAGGUUGCGUCGCUUUCGGUUUGCUAGUGGUACACAAUUCCGUUGAAUGUAGGAUAGCAAGACAAUAUCUUUGUCAGGCAGCUGUUUUUAUGUGCGGUUUAUCGAUACUAGCAUUGACAGCCGUACACGGUAAUUAUCACGGUUACGUAUUGUUUGUGUGGAUUUACGGUAUUUUUUGCGGCGGGUAUCAUUAUUCACUCAAAAUGUACACUUACGAAAAAGUUCGUGCGAGAAAUUUUGCAAGGACUUGGGGAUUCGUACAAUGUUCUCAAGCCAUACCGAUAGCACUCGGAGUACCGAUAUCAGGUUACAUGAACGAAGGUUGUGGUGGUAAAGCCGGAUAUUACUUCAGUUCGACAUGCACUUUGGCCGGAAGUUUAGCAAUGUUUUUAAUUGAUAUACACAGACGUAGAAGAGCGAGGCAUAAACAUACUAAAGCCAACGGUCAAAAACAUUUAUGCGAAUCUGAUUCUUGUCCUCGACGUAGGCCUUCCUUUGGAGCUGAACCCGAACCCGAACCUCCACUAACAGAGUUACCAAUGGUGGAUCUUUUGCCAGGGAUCCCUGGUGAAAAGCCAGAAUUAACGUGUAUUUCGGAAGAGGGAAUUGCGGAUAUGGAUUUACCCGAUGACAUAUUAGACGAAUUGGAUUACAUUGGAAUUACAUCGUGCAAUAAAGUCGAAAAUUUUUUAAUGCUCAGCGAAUUUGAAAAUAAUUUAAUUGCCGAAACUCCUGUUUUAAUGGAUAAACGUGGUCGUAAAUGGUCACUUGCAAGAAGACCGGAUACGGAACAAUUAGAAGAAAAUAAUAAAUGGCGUUUGAUUCCGCCAAAAAGAACGAUAACGGUGAUCGAUGAAGCUUCCGUAUAA